UCAAAAAAAAUAUACAUGUAAAUAAAUAGUCCUUUUAUCGGACAAUUUAAUUAAUAUAAGUAAUAUUAACUUAAAUCAUGACAGAAUUAAUAAAAAUUGAACACGUUACUGUUAAAUCGGAAGUCGAUUUAUAUCCAGAAGUUGAAGUUCAAUACGCAGAAUGCCAAAAUCAUGAAAAAAUUAUUGACACUAAAAAAGAAAGGCAUCAUAUUUUUAUUGCAGAAGAAAAAGUAGAUUCCGAAGCAAAGAACGAUGAUGAAAGCAAAGAAUGUAAUAAUGAUACACCAGGAGCCUCCACCCAGUAUAGUCAGUAUCCGUGCCAUAUUUGCGGAGCAACCUUUGACAAUAUUUCUAAAGUGGGCGACCACCUUAAUACACAUGUUUGGACGGAACCCAAAAUAUCAGAGCUACUAUACAGCUGUGGCGUCUGUCCUGAGACUUAUCCUACACCAGAACUGCUAGAAGAACACAAAAAAAAGCAUGAGAACGGCUACACAUGCUACAUCUGCGAUGCGCGACUUAAAUCAUUUACCACUUUAAAAACACAUAUAGAUAAACACGCUGACAAUCAAAUACAAUGUGAAUAUUGUGAGAAACUAUUCACGUCGCAGUGGAGUUAUUAUCAACAUAUGAAACUACAUAAUAAUCAAAGCAUUCCGUGCCCGAUUUGCGGAAAACAAUUUACUGCGCGCAGCAAGCUAAACAGUCAUCUGGUUUCGCAUAGUGAUGCGAAGCCGUAUGAAUGCAAGUUUUGCGACAAGCGUUAUUCAAGGGAGAAUGCGUUAAAAGUCCAUAUGAAAGUACAUACUGGAAAGAAGAACUAUAAAUGUGACGUUUGCGAAAAAGCUUAUUAUAACAAUUGGGAAUUGAGACGUCACAGGGAAAAUCAUGAAAAGGGCAAGGAAGAAAAGUCUUUUAAAUGCUCGGAAUGUGAUUCUCGCUUUUGUACAAACGGUCAACUGAAAUGUCACUAUGAGGCUGUACACAGUACGGAAACCCCAUUCUCAUGCGAUGGUUGUGAUCUUAAGUUUAAAAGCAAGAAGGCGUGGAAAUACCAUACAUUGAAAAAGCACACAACGAAAGAACCUUAUAAGUGUGAUAUAUGUAGUAAAGGUUUUGUGUUUAAGUAUGGGCUGGAUCGGCAUGUGAGAUUGCACUCGGGUGAAAAACCAUACCCUUGCGAGCAUUGUGACAAAAGGUUUAAGUCUAAAACUAAUCUGAAUGUUCAUAUUGGUUAUUUUCAUAAAGAUAAAAAAAUUAAAAUAAAAUAAAAUAAAUAUUAUAGGAUAUUUUUUUUACAUUAAUUGACUAAGCCCCACAGUAAGCCCGGCGCAAACAAUCUAAUGUAAACGUUAUUUGAAUGUGUGAAGGUUACAUUGACAGUGUACACCAUAACACCCUAGGGGUUGUAAGUGCGUUGCCGGAAUUUAAGACGGGAGUACGUUCGUUUCUUGAUGGUUUGAAGAUCGUAGCGGGGUCACAAAAUAAAUAAUAGUACUUGGUUCAGAAGACUCACUCUCUAACAAAACGCGUCUGUUACGAUCAGCACAGAUAUGGCCGCUAGGUGACAGCGCGCGGCUUAUGGCUUUCCCCAAAAUUGGGGUGGAACGGAUGUACUUUUAGCUACCUGUAGCAAAGCGACGAAAUCGCGGAGUGAGCCACGCCUGGUGGGGUGGAAACGAAAAGUUCAUUCCCCAGUUUAGCUGUGUGAGGCAGAAGGUAAGAACACAAAA